GCUUCGACCACUGGGUAGUGGGAGCGCCAGGUCCAUAACAAGACCCUUCAGAAAAUGGGUCGGUGAUUUCGUGUUGUGCUUGAGAUACGAGUAUCAUGGCACCAUCUUCUAUCGCUAUCCUUGGCGGUGGUCUAACCGGCCUUUCCGCUGCCUUUCACCUUUCACGUCGGUUUCCAGCAGCUCAGAUCACUCUUCUGAACAAGGAUAUUCACUUUGGCGGAUGGAUACAUUCUAGGCGCGCUAGAAUCACACUUAAAGACGGUCGCGAAACCAGCGUGCUUUUGGAGGCUGGCCCGCGCACUCUUAGACCAAAUUCAAAGAGUGUUCUCGAAUUGAUUAACCUUCUGGACCUAUCACCAUCUCUCUUAACUCUCCCGAAAUCAUCACCGGCCGCUCGGAAUCGCUUCCUGCGUCUGCCUGGCACCCAAGGUCUCCUUCGCAUUCCUUCAUCUCCGUUUAGCCUUCUUACUUCUGGGCUCUCACCUAAGUCUUCUUCUUUGCAUUCCCCCCUUGGCCAUAUCCUUCUUUCAGCUAUCGCACGGGAGCCAUUUCGCCCAUGGAAUAGGCCCCUUAUGAUUGAGGAUGAGUCGGUUGACGAAUUCUUGAGUAGGCGUUUCGGGAGCGAAUUCGCAAGGAUCUUCGGAAGUGCGCUCGUGCACGGUAUUUAUGCAGCAGAUUCUCGAGAAUUGAGCGUCCGCGCGGCGUUCCCGUCACUUUGGGAUGCCGAGGAACGCGGUCGUGGCUCCUUGGUAACUGGGUUUCUCCGGCCGUCUAGAGUCUCAGCAACAGCGGAGGUCGACAACCCCCCAUAUCAGCUAGGGGAAGUAUACGAGCAGAUGCGCGGAGUAUCUGUGUAUUCGUUCUCGCAAGGGAUCGGUGCGUUGGCAGACGCACUCUUGCGAGAGUUGAGGACACGUCGGAACGUGCGCCUACUUGGCGGAGUGUCCGCGACGGGACUCCGGAUGAAUCCAAGAACUGCGCAGUUCGAAAUAACGACCUCAUCUUGUGAGACGCUGCGCGCAACACACACUAUUUCAGCUCUGCCUCUCCCGAGCCUGAAAGGGCUACUCUCACCCAAGACGCCAUUGCCACACCUAACUGCAAAUCCUUAUUCGUCGGUGACAGUCGUGAACCUCGUGUUCCUUGCACCUCCAGGACAUGCACUCCACCCCGUGGGAUUUGGGUAUCUUGUACCCCGAGCAUCAUCUGAACAUGCGGAAAACGCAAUCCUGGGGUGCGUCUUCGACUCCUCGUCAAUGUCGGCACAAGAAGCGUCGUGGAGCGCGGAUAUUGUGAAAAUGACUGCGAUGCUCCGCGAGCCUGUGACCUCAAUCCCUCGCCUUGUAGAGAUGCUCUCUGAGCAGUUGGGCGUGCGUCUCCCUGACCCACUCAUCGUGAGGGUGCAUGACAACGCACAUUGCAUCCCCCUGCUGCGUGUAGGGCACCUCCAGCGCAUGCGGGAGCUAAGCGGCGUACUUCGGGGCGAGCCGUGGAGCGGUAAGCUAGAGGUGAUCGGCGCCGGCGUAGGGGGCGUGAGCGUUGGUGACUGCGUAGAAGCUGGAAGACGCGCGGGUAGGAGUUGGGCAUAGGGUUUAUUCAUCGCCCUUUGGACUGAAACGGAUGCUGUAUGACUUCUACGUCAGGCGUGCGAGCUGGACGCUGAAAGGUUCCUCAUAAUUACCGCAUACGUGUCCUUGUCAUGUCACAAUUACUGCCACUGACCUCACUAAUUUUGGCCUAUAGUUAUCAUUUAAACCAAUAAGAGUAAUAAGCGCUUGCACAGCGUCGAGCUGUUAUUUCGGACGGGGCUGACCGUGAAAACAACAAGGUUUGACAUGUUUGACACUCAUUGUAUCGGAUAGGGCAGGGACGAC